UUGACACCCGAGGAGCAAACUCAAUUAGUCUCUUACAUCCGCAAAUGCGACUGCCGUCUGCUACUCUACCUGUGCAUUGGCUAUGCUACGGAUUCUCUCAACAAAAUGGCACUGGCCAAUGCCAAAAUAGCAGGACUCACACAAGACCUGGAUCUCCACGGAUACGAUAUAAACAUGGCACUGGGCGCAUAUUAUCUGGGAAGCUUCCUAUUCCAGCUGCCGUCAAACUUGAUAUUGAAAAGCGUGAGGCCAAAGUACUGGCUGAGCGCAACAAUGUUCUGUUGGUCCUUGGUUACCAUCUUUACGUCCAUGGUUUCAUCUGGGCGGCAGCUGGCAUGGGCCAGAUUCUUAUUUGGCGCCGUGCAGGCCGGAUACACGACAGGCAGUCUGUAUUAUAUAUCGUACUGGUACCCAAGGGACAUGGUGCGCAAUCGCAUGGGGUUUUUCUUUGCGAGCGCGGGCGUUGGCGGCAUUCUGAUAGGUCCCCUGUGUUCCAUCUUGUCUCUGGUGGAAACACCGCUUGUUAAGUCUUGGCAGUUGAUAUUCGUGGUCAUCGGGCUGAUUAGUUUUUCCUGGAGCCUGCUCGGCCCAGUGAUGCUGCAGGACUUCCCUGAAACCGCCACUUUUAUCACUAAAGAUGAGCGUCGAUUGAUAACUCGGCUGAUGACGCAUCAAAAUACGAUUGCCAGCGAUCAGAAGAUAAGCCGGCGCCAAGUAUCCAUGACCCUGUGCGACGGCAAGAUAGCUCUCUGGACGCUAAUUGAUUUCUGCGCCAACGCCGCAACCCAGGUCAACGGAAUGUUUGGUCCAACAAUUAUUGCCAGCCAGGGAUAUCCACCGACCGUCGCUCAGGCCAUAUCUGCGCUGACAAACUUUAUGGCAUUUUUGGGAAUGGCAUCCGUCGCUUAUAUUGCUCGGUUUACAGGCGGGUCCUCCCACGCCAUCAUAAUAUCCAAUUUGAUAACCAUGGUAGGCUUUCUGCUGGCGCUUUUUGCAUCCAGCAAUGGCUAUCGCAUAGUUGCUCUAUUUAUCUUUAGUUUUGCGUCGUCGCAACCCGCUGCUCACGGGCCCGCAUGGGAAAUGGCCAACCAGCAGGGUAGCACAAAGCCGGCGAUGGCUGCUGCGCUUACAUCUGCAUUUGGCGGGCUGGGCCCGCUCGCAACAGCUUUUGUGUAUCGCGACCAAGAUAAGCCGAAGUUUAUUUUGGGUCACACCGUGUGUUUGAUCAUGACGCUCGUGUGUCUGGUUACUACGACCGUGCUGAGGCGAGUGCUGAGUCGUGAAAAUCGCCGACGA